UGAUACAGGUAAAAACGGUGACACAUCCGGAAAUGUUUUGAAAACACAGUCUUCCUUACCUUUUGCACAUACAAUUAACCAUAAAACUUGCAGGAUCGGAUAACAUUUCGAAUUCGGAAGAAGUUCGUUUUGUUAAAAAAUGAACUGGGGAAUAAUAGCGGCCCUUGGGCUGCUUUUCACCUUUAAUACAGUGAAUGGGCAACUGGAUCCUGAGAUUGUGGACGAAAUUAUCCCAGAGAUCACAAGCCAGGGAGGUGAAGCCAAGCUGAACUGUACAGUUGUCAACAAACAGUCAGGACACACUGUACAUUGGACAUUCAUGGAUUCCUAUGCUGGAGGUGAUAUUAUCAGCAACGAUAAAGACAUCUUUAUAACAAAUCCUGAAUGUAAGGAGGGAAAGAAGAAGUAUGAGGUUAUUGUGAACAAAUUCAACCAGAGAGAGACGUACAUGUUGAAGAUUAACUGUCUAGAGUUUGUGGACUAUGGUUAUUACAAGUGCUACAUCCAGAUCCGCGGAGACAGCUCGGCAUCCUGGCCCAGCAAGAUUGGCUACCUCGUUGUGCAAGUUCCUCCCACUAUCACCAGUAAGAAUGUUGCCGUUAAGCAGCUGGAUGAGGGUCAGUCAGGCUUCUUGCAAUGUGAGGCGACAGGCGUGCCAAAACCCAACAUCACCUGGGUCCGAUCUGACGGUGGUAUGCUCCCUGGUGGCAUGGGCGCACUGUGGAAUAGCACUAUUCUACCCCUUAAUAACAUCACAAAGGAUAACCGAGGCCUAUACAAAUGUGUAGCAGACAACCAGGUUCGUCCCCCAGAUGUGUACCUUGUGGCCCUGCAAGUUUUCUUCAAGCCGGAAACUAAAGCUGUUCAAGACACAGUAGGCCAGGCACAGAACAGACAGUUUGACGCUAAAUUGGAGUGCCGAGUUUCUGGCUAUCCUGAAGCAGAAGUUGUGUGGCAUCGAGAACCGACAAAAUCCAAUGGCGCCACUCAACUUGAACAGCUUAAUGACAAUGAAAAAUAUGACAUUAGUAAACAGAUCGCAACAACAACACUCCGAUUCCAAGAGUCUUGGUAUACGUUGAGAAUUAAAAACGUGGAGGCCAAUGAUUAUACAAAAUACUUUUGUAUCGCUCAAAACAGAAUAGGCAGGAAUGCCACUACCAUGAUAACACUAUUUGAAACCAUGGAGUGUCAGGGAGCUAAUUGUCCGACGUACGAGGGUUUAGGGGCCUCUGCAAUAUCUGUGUCGUUGUUGGCAACAAUCUCUGUGGUGACACUGGCGAAGCUGUUGCUGUAAUGCUUACUUAAUCCAGACACUUAUCAUUUGUGAAUGAAUAUUUUGAUUUGUACACAAUAUGUUACCAGAAUUUGAAUGACAUAUACUUAUGUUUUAAACUGAAAUCAGACAAUGUUUAUUUUUUUCUUCUAUUUAUGACCAGUUUGCAACUAUGGCUUAAUAUGUAGACAAAAUGAUUACCAAAAUGAUUUGCAAUAUGUUUUAAGCCUUUGAUGAUGUUGUUUGUGAAUCCACACAUUACUACACAUAGUACUAUGAAAUUAAACAAACAAGAAAUACACACUGUAAAAAUCAGAAUUGCACAAAUGUACAGUUCUUUGCAUUUCAUUUGUAAAUAUCUUUUAUAUUGUAGAUAUGAGUAUGUAGUCACAUUAUAUAAUUAUAUACAUAAAUAUAUAUGUGUCCUAAUCUUAGAAUGAUGUACAGUGACUGUAUAGGCUUUUUAACAUAAAAGAAGUUCUCAAAGUUGAUUGGCAGAAGGGCAUAAUGCUGUUGGCAUUUACAUAGCAAACAUAUUAACUUGAUGGCCAAGACGUAAGUGCAUCCUUAGAUGGUAUGAUUCGAGAUUCUUAUUUAUAGAACAGAUGUUGUCCCAAAAUAAGAAAACUAUUUAGGAAAAACAGCAUUGCUAAAAGUUUUUGUUGUUAUCAUACUUUAUCAUACUUUCACUUUCAAAUAAAACAGAUGAGCAUGUAUUUUUCAGUAGAAAUAUAUUGUUUUUUUUUUUUUACUUCUUGUUACAUUCAAACUGCUGUAAAUAACUAGAGAAAAGGUUCAGAAAUCCCUGUGCUGCAAACUAUUUAGGGACGUUCACUGUAUUGACCAAACUUGUAUAUUUUCAUUGGGUAUGUUUAUUCUGAUUAUCAUUAUUGCGAUUGUAUAGAAUAUAUAAAUGAUACACAGUGUAUAUUCUGAUAUCAUAUUACCUUUUUCAUUGUAAAUGACAUAUUUCAAUUUUGAAUUGUUUAUAUAAUUUUUAUUAAAAUACAUAUUUUCUC